AUGGACCAAUCAGAGGCGAAGGAUGCAGCAGCGGCGAUCGCGGCCCCAGGAGGUGGGGACGGCACGGCGACGGAGGCGAGGGUUGCUGCGGAUGCAAGCAGCUUCGGAUUGCCUUUCAUUCUGAAUUACUGGAAAGAGUUUGACUUGGAGAACGCGCGGACGUCUCUGGACGAGCAAGGGCUGAAGAUUGCUGAGAACCAGGAGACGAGCUCCAAGAAUCGAAGAAAGCUUGCUGAGUCCACACGAGACUUCAAGAAAGCAGCCAGAGAGGAGCAGAGCAAGCUGUUUGGCGCCCUGCUCAAAGCCUACCAGGAGGAGGUGGACAAUCUCACAAAGCGCGCCAAGUUUGCAGAAGCAGCCUUCCUGGGCGUUUACCAGAAGCUCUACGAGGCCCCGGAUCCUGUGCCAUCGCUGGCGUCUGCUGCUGAGGUGGCAGCGAAUGCUGCUGAGCUGGCGGCGGAGAACCGGCGCAUGCAUGCUGAACUGGAGGAGUUCCGAUCUGAGUCAGCGCACCUCAAGAACCAGCAGGCGACCGUGCGACGACUGGAGGAGAGAAACCGACAGCUGGAGCAGCAGAUGGAGGAGAAGGUGAAGGAGAUGGUGGCAAUGAAGCAGCAUGUGCUGGCGGAGGAGAGCCAACGCAGCAUGGAAACACUCAAGUCAAGGGAGGACGCGCUGCAGGAGCAGCUGCGGGCGGCGAGGGAGACAGUGAGCAACAUGCAGCGGCUGCACGAGAUGAGCCAGUCGCAGCUGUUUGAACUCAAGGCGCAGUCAGAGGAGGAGCGCGCAUCAAAGCAGGGUGAGGUGAAAUUGCUGACAGACGAGGUGGAGCGAGCUCAGGCGCGGCUGCUUGCUUUGGAGAGAGAAAAGGAAGCUCUCAAGGCGCAGCUGCAGACUGCACAGCCCAGCGAAGCAGCAGAUGGUGAGAGCACGGACAGCAGUGGGGCGGUGGGAUGGGAAGCAGCAGUACGAGCAAAAGAGGCGGUGAUAGCAUCGCUGCAUCAGGAGCUGCACGCACUGGAGGCAGCAGGGGCGGCAGAGAGGGAUGAGCAGAGGGCGGAGGUGAAGCGACUCAAGGCGCUGCUGCAGGAUCAGGACUCGUCCAUAUCUACGCUGAGAGCGGAACUGGCAACGAGGCCCACACAGAGGCAGUGGGAGGAUCUGCGCAAGCAAGUGAAGAUCCUGCAGGCUGUGGGCUACAAUGCAGUGGAAGUGGACGACUGGGAUGAACCGGGCAUGUCAUCCAACGGUCCAGGAUCGUCCUCCGAUCUCUCUGCUGCCGCAGAUGGGGAGAGUGGAAAGGGGGGAGAUGGCGGUGCAAUGGGGGUGAUGCGCAGCAGCAGUGGGGCCGACAUUGGGAAGCUGGAGGCCUUGCUGCUGGAGAAGAACAAGCGGAUGGAGCACGAGUUGACCCAAGUUAAGAUGCGUCUGAGUGAGAGGGAGGAGGAAAGUGAGACUGCCCAUUCCAAGGUAGCAGCACUAGAAACAACUGUUGCAGAGCAGAGGGCGUUGAUAGGCAAACUGGAGGACGAUAUUCUUAAGGGUUAUGGCGCACGGGACAAGCACCGGGCGGCGUCGGUUGGCAGCAUUGUCUCGAUGCCUGGAGCAGCGGGCGGCAGCGGUGGUGGGGAUGGUGGCGGCGGAUUGGUGGAUGAUGACUCGGUGCUCAUGGUGGUGUGUGGGCAACGGGAUAGAUUUCGGCAGCGAAUGGGAGAGCUGGAAGAGGAACUGCGGGCGGAGAGGGAGAAGAGCAGCAAGUUAGCGACAGAGGUGGAGCGAUUGAAAGCAGACAACGUGAAGCUGUAUGAGCGCAUGCGCUACGUGCAGGACUACACGAGCGCUGGUGGCGGGGACAGACCGAACAGUAGUCGAUCAAGAAAGAGUGACAUAGAGGCGGGCCCAGCAGCAGAUGUGGAGAGCAAGUACAAGAAGAUAUACGAGGAGACCAUCAACCCGUUUGCUGCUUUCUCCACCAAGGAGAGGGAUCAGCGAGUUAGAGACCUGGGUCUGCGAGACAGAAUCACCCUCACCAGUGGCAAAUUCCUCCUCUCCAACAAGUACGCGCGCACGUUUGUCUUCUUCUACUCCAUCGGCCUCCAUAUUCUUGUCGCUCUCAGCAUGUACCGCCUCUCCAGCCUCAGCCAUGCCAGGAUAAAGUUUGACGAGGCUGAGCUUCCAUCGAAACACUCGCUAUUGACUGCUGCGCUAAGGUCACGCAAUGCCACAUUCAGCGGUGGUCAUUCCUCUGGUUGA